AUGCGAAGCAAGAUCCAUCGACGCUGCCCGCCCUCUGAUGCCUCCAAAACAAAGGUCAUGCGCCGCAUCGAGAUGCCUCGAUCUGGGCACGCCAUAGCCGCUCACCCGUCGCGGUACCCAGAACGCAAUGGUUCUCAAUUUCCCGGUUCGUUGAAAGGGAAGCGAAUUUUACUUUGCACAGAAUCUUUUGGUCCAGUCAACGGGGUGAGCCGCACAACUCUCAUGCUCGUCAACCACCUGCGCAACAAUGGCGCUCAAGUCGCCGUCGUGGCACCGCACAAUCACACAAAUCUCAACACUUUUUCGCCUCCCCCAUCGCCUAGUGUGCGCCCGGCAGACAAACAACCAGAGCUGCGCGUGACGGGGUAUCCUCUCCCGUUCAACCCCGAGCUCUCCAUCGUGUACCCCGUGCGCAACUCGGCGCUGUAUUCUCGAACGUUUGGCGACGAUGCUCCGCCACAUCUCAUCUACCUAGCGUCGCCUGCCAGUCUAGGAUUCCAGGUCCUGCUCCAGCUGCGCCAGCAGCCCCGUGAAGAGCAGAUACCCGUGAUUUGCAACUUUCAGACGGACCUGUCGGGAUACUGCUCCAUUCUGUUCCCCCCGCUUCUGAGCCACAUUGCUGUCUUUGCUUUCGAUGCCGUGCAGAGCUACCUCUUCCGCCACUCUUCCGUCAAGACAAUCUUCUACCCAUCGAGAUUUGUCCAAAGAUACCUCCUCAAGAACAAGGUGCAACCUGGUAAGCUGGAGCUUCUGACAAGAGGCGUCGACACGGACCUGUUCCACCCCAGCCGACGAAGCGACAAGCUGCGCCAGCAGCUCGCGCCAAACGGACAAGUUAUUUUUGUCUGCGUCUCACGCAUCGCCGGCGAGAAAGGCUUCGACUUUCUCUCGCAGGUAGCCAAGACGCUCGACCGCCGCGGACUCGACUUCACGCUCUACAUUGUGGGCGGCAACAGAAAUCCCGACGUGGAAAGGGACGUCCAGGAGCUUUUCCGUCCCCUCCAGGAUCAAGGCAAGGUCGUCUUUGCCGGCUUCAAGGCUGGUCAGGAUCUCGCCACCGCCUACGCGAGCGGCGAUGUCUUCCUGCAUUGCUCCGUUACUGAAACCUUUGGCCUCGUGGUUCUGGAAUCCAUGGCCAGCGGCGUCCCCGUCGUGGCUCGCGACCAAGGCGGCCCGUCGGAUAUCGUCCAGCACGGCAAAACGGGCCUUCUCCUGCCCCCGCACAACCUGGAGGCCUUUGUCACCAAGGCCGCGGAGCUGGCGAGCGACGCAGCUCUUGCGCAGCGCCUGGGCGCCCACGCCAGGGCAGCAGCUUGCGAGGCCACGUGGGAAAAGAUCAACAACAAGGUGGCGCGGCGCAUGGCCGACACCAUUGCCGAGCAUGAGCGGCGCGACACGGGGAAGCCCACGUCGCAGCCUCGUGCUCCUUUGUGGAAUGCGCAGCAGCUUGAGCCGCCCGUGCGCGGCUGGCUGGCGAUGAGCGAUGCUGUGCGUGAUGCCGUGACACGCAGCAUCAUCGACGCCAGGCUGGCGGGGGGCCUCGGUGUCAUCUUGACUUUCUGGGCCGUGACGGGCUGCUACGUGUUCUUCACAGAGUGCCUCAUGCGGGCCAGGGGUCUUGCGAGGACAGGCUGA